AAGAGGCGGCGGGCGCGGGCGGCCGAGCGGAGCCGAGCGCCGACGAGCACCGCCGAGCCGGGCCGACCGGGCCGGGCCGGGCCCAGGGGCGCGCGGGCGAUGCGGGCGAGCGGGCCGGGGUCGGCGGGCCCCUGAACCCCCCGCCCGGGCCGGCGAGGAGCGCGCGGCGGCCGCGUGUGGGCGGCGUCGGGCCGCCAUGGCCGGGGUCAGCUACGCGGCGCCCUGGUGGGUGAGCCUCCUGCACCGGCUGCCGCACCUGAGCCUGCGCUGGGAGCCCACCGGCAGCCAGUUCCGGCCCGAGGACCCCGACUACCAGCAGGCGCUGCUGCUGCUCGGGGCCGCCGCGCUGGCCUGCCUGGCCCUGGACCUGCUCUUCCUGCUGCUCUACUCCUUCUGGCUGUGCUGCCGCCGGCGCAAGACCGAGGACCACCUGGACGCCGACUGCUGCUGCACCGCCUGGUGCGUCGUCAUCGCCACGCUGGUGUGCAGCGCCGGCAUCGCCGUGGGCUUCUACGGCAACGGAGAGACCAGCGACGGCGUCCACCGGGCCACCUACUCGCUCCGCCACGCCAACCGCACGGUGGCGGGGGUCCAGGACCGCGUGUGGGACACGGCGGCCGCCCUGAACCUCACGGCGGAGCCCGGCCUGCAGAGCCUGGAGCAGCAGCUGGCCGCCCGGCCCGAGCCCCUGCGCGCGGUGCGGCGGCUGCAGGGCCUGCUGGGCGCGCUGCUGGGCUACACGGCCGCCAUCCCCUUCUGGAGGAACGCCGCCGUGUCCCUGGAGGCGCUGGCCGAGCGGGCGGACCUCUACGACUGGUACAGGUGGCUGGGCUACCUGGGCCUGCUGCUGCUGGACGUGGCCAUCUGCCUGCUGGUGCUGGUCGGCCUCAUCCGCAGCUCCAAGGGCACCCUCGUCGGGGUCUGCCUGCUGGGCGUCCUGGCGCUGAUCGUCAGCUGGGGCGCGCUGGGCGUGGAGCUGGCCGCGGCUGUGGGCUCCAGUGACUUCUGUGUGGAUCCCGACACCUACGUGACCAGGAUGGUGGAGGAGCACGCGGUGCUGAGCGAAGACACCCUGCAGUACUACCUGGCCUGCUCGCCCCGCGCCGCCAGCCCCUUCCAGCAGACGCUGUCAGGCAGCCACAAGGCGCUGGUGGAAAUGCAGGACAUCGUGGCCGAGCUCCUGAGGACUGUCCCACGGGAGCACCCGGCCACCAAGGACCCUCUGCUCCGCGUGCAGGAGGCGCUGAACGGCACGGAGGUGAACCUGCAGCACCUCACGGCGCUGGUGGACUGCCGCAGCCUGCACCUGGACUACGUGCAGGCGCUGACCGGCCUCUGCUAUGACGGCGUCGAGGGCCUCAUCUACCUGGCCCUCUUCUCCUUCGUCACCGCCCUCAUGUUCAGCUCCAUUGUCUGCAGCAUCCCCCACACCUGGCAGCACAAAAGAGGCCCCGAGGAGGACGGGGAGGAGGAGGCGGCCGCGGGGCCGCGGCAGGCCCACGGCAGCCUGUACCGCGUGCACAUGCCCAGCCUGUACAGCUGCGGCAGCAGCUACGGCAGCGAGGCCAGCCUGCCGGCCGCCGCCCACACCGUCAGCAACGCCCCCGUCACCGAGUACAUGAGCCAGAAUGCCAACUUCCAGAACCCCCGCUGCGAGAACACGCCCCUCAUCGGACGCGAGUCCCCGCCGCCCUCGCGAUAUCUGGCUGCCCUGGACUCUGGCAGCCCCACGGGCUGGCAGUUUAAGCCCCUGGACAGUGCCUGACCGAGGUGGUGGCCGUGCCCUCAGCGACAGUACACGUCCAGCAUGAGAGCCAAAUACCUCGCCACAAGCCAGCCGCGCCCCGACUCCAGCGGCAGCGGCCACUAGACGCCGGCAGCCACGCCCACGUGCCAAUCGCCCUGCUCCUCCCCCAGGCCCGCCGCUCGGACGCCCGGGCGUCCCCCCUUCCUGCAGGGACCCGCCAGUGGAGACGAGGGAGCUCUGAGCUCGCCCUGACCACGGUGUCCACGCCUGGACACGGAGUGCUGUGUGGACGCCAGGGCCCUGCGGCCCCGUCUCCCCCUCCCCCUAAGGAUUCGUCCGCAGAGCCCGCUCCGGGCCGGCAGCCCCUGCAGCUCGGACCCUGUGGCCCUGCGCCUCCAGCUCAGCCUCCCCCGCCCUGACGCCUGGUCCCUCGCUGCCUCUGCGUUCUCGCUCUUUCUCCCCGACCGCAGGCCCCUCCCGCCCGGCGCCGAGCCUCUGCGCCACCCUCUCCGCCUCCACCAGCCUCGCUCUCUCCCUCAGCUCCUGCCGCCGAGGACAGCCGGUCGCCAGCCUGGCUGCUCACCGAGGUGCCAAACCCCUCCCCAGGCCUGGCACCUGUUCCGGUUCAUUUGCACUAACCACUCUCCUCAUCUCUAGGGCACGUGGGCCGCUCAGUCCUUCCCGGUCCCCUCACCCCGACAGGUGCGCGUCUGGAGCCGGCCUCGGGGGGGUGGGGGAGUUCACCCCAGUCGCCUGUGAAUGAGCCCUGGCCCUGCCCGGGACUAACCACUAACCUCACCCCCACCCUCCGCGGUGCUGCCGGGAGCUGUGGGCUGUCGGACCAGGGUCCCCGCGGCCUCGGUCUCUACCUGUGAAGUGGUGCUUCUGGCUUCAGUGCAGUGUUUGCUGCCUGCCAGGGAGGGCGCCCCAGGGCAGCACGCGAGGCCGGCCAGGGCCGCCUGGCAGCGAGUUACGGACUGUGGGCCCCACUCCAGAGGCCCCUCCCCUGGAACCUCCUCUCCGUGCUGGUGUCUGGGACCAAAGGGGAGGAUGGCCCCCGGGCAGCCUCUGCCAGGAAGGACGCCCUGGGCCCCUGGGCACGGUGAACCUCACUGUCCAGCGUGCUCCCGGCCCCGCCCCUCCCCCCGGCCCCCUUCCCUCCCCCCUCCCCCCUCCUCUCCGGUGAGGAGGGGCCCAGCAGUCCUGCUCGGCUCUGGCCGUGUCCUCCGCUGCUGGGGCCGCUGCUGUGAGCCCCCACACACCGUGUGACUGGGCAGGGAGCAGCGCGGGUGGGCGCUGGGCUGUGACCCGAGUCCGGUCACGGGAAUCGGGCUUCGGCCCUGAGCUCGGUGCGCGGCGCAGGGGGCCAUGUUCUGGGGUCUCUUCCUCGUCCUGCCCCUGCCACUGGCCUCCGACCCACGCCCGCUCCGCCCCUGUACCCGUAGGCCAGGCCCUCAGGCCCCACUGCAUCUUGGGGGCAGGCCGUCACCCCACAGGGCUCCACCCUCCGGCUGGUGAGUGGAGGCGGUUUGGGCCACCCCCUCCCCAUGUCACUAUGCAAUCCCUCCGGCACCAGCCCCGCCCCCCGCCCGGCCGGAGGGAGGGGGAUCGGGACGGGAGCCCCCUGGGGUCCAUGGAGCCCAUGGCCUGUCCUGUGCACAUGAUCCAUCUCCCUGUGACAAGACCCCAGCCCCGGCCCGCCCCCUGGUUAACCCCCGAGCCGCCCGCCUGAGGCCUGAGCCACGGGGCCCGGCCUUCCGCCCCGACCCCCUGGCCUGGCUGGGGGGCUGUCGCUGUUUUUUUGGGGGGGGGUUUUUUGCCUUUUUUUUUUUUCAAAUGGGUUUGGGUUUGAUUUUUUUAUAUCUUUGGGGCUUUAUUUUUCUUGGCAAAUACUAAAAUCUCAUCAAUGUAAUCUCUGUGGUUUCUAUUCAGCUUGGGUUUCAUGUUUUAAAAUAAACAGAUUUUAAAAA